AUGCAGGUGACCGCCUUCGACUGGAGACCCAGCGUCAUGUACAACUGGGACGAGCAAGGUCACGUGACCCAGAGGUACGGACGGGACAUCAUGGUCGUCAGGGGGUUGGCUUACGCCCUGAAUGCUUCGUUGGUCUUCAACGACGCUCCCCAAGUACCAACGUCCAACGCAGCGUCUAUUGCAACCUCGUACUAUCUCACACCACCCCCAGAGAUCCUGUGGGGAUUCCGCUCUCCAAACGGCUCCUGGAACGGCCUCAUGGGCAUCAUCCAGCGGGGGGAGGCCGAGGUGGGCGUGGCCAACCUCUACAUCACCAACGUCACACUGCGUAUGCUCGUGGCAGACUUCAGCGUGCCCUUCGACAACGAGGUAUGCGUUCCAGUGACUAAAGUGAUCUGCUUUCUGUCCCGUCUCCCGAGGCCUCUUCCGAAGUGGGAGAGGAUCCUCUACCCCUUCGAAUUCACCACCUGGAUCUCUGUCGUGGCCGGGCUGGUGGUGAUCGGACCCCUUCUCUACGUUCUGGCUAAGAUCGGGAACGCGAGGUUGGUGGUGGUGGGUCGUGGCUUCAAAAUCGGAGGCGAAAGGACGGACCUGCAGAGUCUCAAUUUCGCCGUCAUGUACGCCCUGGGCAUCCAUUUCAUGGAAGGGCAAUCCCACACGCCCAUCCGCCGGGGCACGCAGGUUUUCGUGAGUUUCCUGUGGCUCUACGCCCUCAUCAUAACCACCGUCUACAGCAGCAACCUGACAGCGCUCCUGACGGUGGCCAGACAGCCCUCGCUGAUCAACACGAUCCAGGAGCUCCACGAGUCCGGGAAGGAGGUCGGGGGCAUGGGCGCCAUCUUCGGCACCGCCCUGGCGUCCUCGACGAAUCCCUACUUGCAGGCUCUGUCUCUUCGCUACGACGUCUACAACGGCCGAAUAAACGUGUUGUACUCACGCAUGAGGAAGGGUGACAUCGUCAUCAUCGCGGGACUAAACGUCUUGCGGUAUAUGGAAACGAUCGAAUUCACCCACGGAGGCGCCCGGGAGGCUUACGUCAUCAAGGAAACCUUCUCUCCGUACAGCAUCGGUCUGAUCACCCAGAGGGGCUCUCCUCUGAAGAGGAAGUUUGACGUCUUCAUCAAUCGGAUGGUUGAGAGUGGACUGGUCAACUACUGGUUCCUGGAAUCUCUCAGAAUGGCGAAACAGGAACUGCAUAAAGAAAAGAAAUACCAGCUAGAGACCAAUGAAGACGGGGAAAGCGACGACACCAGCGACGACGCUGCCUCACCAGAUGCUGAACUCGUCGAGGUGGACUACGCAGGAGUUCAGUCUCUCGGCUUCGAACACUUAGAGGGAUUCUUCUUCAUCCUUCUCGUUGGAUACGUGUUAUCUGGCGUUGCUUUCGUCUUCGAAAGGAGAGCCAACUCGCGUUGA